AUGAAGAUCACCAUUGAUAAACCCUUCACUCACAGCCGUAGCCUCUCUGUGCCGGUUCCUGAAACACCUCCUUUGGAAGCACUGGGCCUCGGAUUGCCUGGCUUCGACUCAUUCAAGUCUACCAUGGAACUCCCGCUGACGCCUGUCACGCCUCCCCCCGAGUAUAUAGAGCAUUCCUUUUUGCACAACGACAAGACCAUCGACGUCUCCCCCACAGUCGACCCUAACGACCAGCCUCUUGUUGCCGUCAUCGGUGUCGGCUACGUCGGCACCCACUUGGUAGAAUCCUUCUCGGCCCACUACAACGUCCUUGGCUUCGACGUUUCCGAGAGGAGAAUCAACGAGAUUCGCAAGGAGCUCCCCAGCGAGCGCAUCCGUUUCACCACUUGCAAGACGGACUUGCGCGAAGCAACCCACUUUUUGAUCUCUGUGCCGACCUUGCUCAAGGUAGACAAGAGCAUCGACACCUCGUACCUCCAGAGCGCCAUUGCUACGGUCGCCCAACAUGCCAGGCCGGGCUCGACCGUCGUCGUCGAGAGCUCCGUGGCCGUGGGCAUGACCCGCAGCCUGCUUGGCCCCGUCGCCCUCUCUCGCGGCUUCUACGCCGGCAUGUCACCGGAGCGCGUAGAUCCUGGCCGCACCGAGCCGCCCUGCCACGCGAUCCCCAAGAUCGUCUCGGGACUCGAUGACUCCAUCCCCGGCUCUCUCGCAUCCAUCAUGCGUCUCUACGGCCAGGUCUUUGACCGGCUCGUUCCCGUCAGCCGCACCGAGGUCGCCGAGAUGAUGAAGCUCUACGAGAACUGCCAGCGGAUGAUGUGUAUCGCCUUUGCAAACGAGAUGGCUGACGCGUGCAUCCCUCACGGCAUCGACCCUUACGAGGUCGCAGCCGCCGCGUCUUCCAAGCCCUUUGGCUACAUGCCCUACACGCCCUCGCUGGGCGUCGGCGGCCAUUGCAUCCCCGUCAACCCCUAUUACCUCCUGUCGAACAGCGACUUCCCCUUGCUCGGGGCUGCCGCCGAGAAGAUGGCUGCCCGCCCCGCUGCCAUCGCACGACGCGCCAUUGCCUCUUUGGCGAAGGACGCCAAGACAGGGGCUGCUCCGGCCCUGGUCCGCCCUCGCGUGCUCGUCGUCGGUGUCGGCUUCAAGGCCGGGCAGUCCGUCCUCAGCAACUCUCCAGGAGUCGACCUCGUACACGAGUUUGUCCGCUCUGGAGAGGUGGAUGUCAUGUUCGCGGACCCGCUCGUGAAGCAGAACGCCGUGCCAGCAGCUCCUCGGCUGGCUGACGAGAAGUGGAACCGGGAGACGCUCGAGACGUUUGACAUGAUCAUCGUGUCCUUCAGGCAGCAUGGCAUGGACUUUGGCGUCUUGGAAGACCUCCGCGGCGUCAAGGUCGAGAUGUGGUGCACCUAA